AUGACCAAGUUUCUCCGGCUGCCCGCCGGCUGCCCCGACACCCGUGUCCUCUGGGGCAUUUUACAAGCGUUGACAGAUGAAAGUUGGCCCUUCGUAUGCGUUGUAGUCAGCCGGGGGGAAUUGGCCAGAAACCUCUUGCGCGUGAACUGGGAUCGCAACAACUUCUUCCCACCCUGGCGGCGGAGGCAAAGCUCUCGCCUCGCCAGGCACCGAACGGGGCCCCCCUCCAGCUGGAAUUAUUACACCAACCUGACGACCGACAACGCCGCUCUGCAGGUCGAGGCAUCGCUGGAGGAGCAAAACUUCACAGAGCUGUGGGGGAAGAAAGCCAAGGAACUGUACGGCAGCAUCUGGAAUAACUUCAGUGACCCGCAGCUGAGGAAAAUUAUCGGCUCCAUCCAGACUCUGGGACCCUCCAACCUGCCCCUGGAGAAGAGGGAACAGUACAACACCAUCCUGAGCAACAUGGACAAAAUCUACUCCACGGCCAAGGUGUGCCCGGCCAACGAUACCUGCUGGGAGCUGGAGCCAGGUAUGGUCCCUGUCCUCCUGCUCCUGCGGGGUUAUUUGGUUCUGGUGCGAUGGUGGUGGCACCUCUGCAGAGCUGCUGUGGGAUGCGACACCCCCGCCAAGUACGAGGAGUUCGUGAAGCUGAGCAACGAGGCCUAUCAGAUGGAUGGAUAUGAGGACACAGGCAGCUACUGGCGCUCCUGGUACGCCUCCCUCUGCUCCAGCUAUUUUCUCUUCUCAGGCAACAUGUGGGCUCAGCAGUGGAACAAUAUCUAUGACCUGAUGGUCCCCUACCCCGAGAAGCCCAACCUCGAUGUCACGAGCACCAUGGUGCAGCAGGGCUGGAACGCCACCCACAUGUUCCGGGUCUCAGAGGAGUUCUUCACCUCCCUGGGGCUGCUGGAGAUGCCCCCCGAAUUUUGGGAGAAGUCAAUGCUGGAGAAGCCAAUUGACGGGAGGGAGGUGGUGUGCCAUGCCUCAGCCUGGGACUUCUACAACCGCAAGGACUUCAGGAUCAAGCAGUGCACAACGGUGACCAUGGAGCAGCUGUUCACGGUGCACCACGAGAUGGGCCAUGUCCAGUACUACCUGCAAUACAAGGACCAGCCCGUCUCCUUCCGCAGCGGGGCCAACCCUGGCUUCCACGAGGCCAUUGGCGAUGUCAUGUCCCUGUCCGUCUCCACACCCAGCCACCUCCAGAAAAUUGGUCUUCUCAGCAGUGCCACCGAGGAUACAGAGAGCAACAUCAACUAUCUGCUGAAGAUGGCCUUGGAGAAGAUCGCCUUCCUGCCCUUUGGCUACCUCAUCGACCAGUGGCGCUGGAACGUGUUCAAUGGCCACACACCCCCGAACCGUUACAACUACGACUGGUGGUAUCUGAGAACCAAAUACCAGGGUAUCUGUGCUCCAGUUUCAAGGAAUGAAAGCAACUUCGACCCCGGAGCAAAGUACCACAUCCCUGGGAACACCCCUUACAUCAGGGACUUUGUGAGCUUCAUCCUCCAGUUUCAGUUUCACAAGGCGCUGUGCCAGGCAGCCAGCCACAGUGGUCCCCUGCACACCUGUGACAUCUACAUGUCCAAAGAAGCUGGAGCCAAACUCAGGGAAGUGUUGAAAGCUGGGUCUUCCAAGUCGUGGCAGGAAAUCCUGUUCAACCUCACUGGCACGGAUAAGAUGGACGCUGGGGCCCUCCUGGAAUACUUCAGCCCUGUCACCACCUGGCUUCAGGAGCAGAACAACAAGACCAAUGAGGUGCUGGGCUGGCCUGAGUUUGACUGGCGUCCCCCUAUCCCUGAAGGCUACCCUGAAGGCAUUGACAAAAUAGCAGAUGAAGCACAAGCUAAAGAGUUCUUGUCGGAGUACAACAGCACAGCUGAGGCAGUGUGGAACGCCUACACCGAGGCAUCCUGGGCCUACAACACCAACAUCACUGACUACAACAAGGAGAUCAUGCUGGAGAAGAACCUGGACAUGUCCAAGCACACCCUUGAGUAUGGCAUGAGAGCCAGAGAGUUCGACACCUCCGACUUCCAGGACCAAAGUGUCACACGCAUCCUCAAGAAGCUGAGUGUCCUUGAGAGGGCAGCCCUGCCUGAGGAUGAGCUGAAGGAGUACAACACCCUCCUCUCAGAUAUGGAGACCACAUACAGUGUGGCAAAAGUCUGCAGAGAGAACAACACCUGUCACCCACUGGAUCCUGACCUCACAGACAUCAUGGCCACCUCACGGGACUAUGAUGAGCUCCUCUUUGUCUGGAAGGGCUGGCGGGAUGCUGCUGGGAAGAAUAUCAAGAACAACUACAAGCGAUACGUGGAACUCAGCAACAAGGCAGCUGUGCUCAAUGGCUACACAGACAAUGGGGCCUUCUGGAGAUCCCUGUAUGAGACAUCCACCCUCGAGGAAGACCUGGAGAGGUUGUAUCUGCAGCUGCAGCCCCUGUACCUCAACCUGCAUGCCUACGUACGCCGAGCCCUAUACAAAAAGUAUGGUGCAGAGCAUAUAAACCUGAAGGGUCCCAUCCCUGCUCACCUACUAGGCAACAUGUGGGCCCAGUCAUGGUCCAACAUUUUUGACUUGGUGAUACCUUUCCCGGAUGCCACCAAGGUGGAUGCCACCCCAGCCAUGAAACAACAGGGCUGGACACCCAAGAAGAUGUUUGAAGAGUCAGACCAUUUCUUUACCUCUCUGGGCCUCAUCCCGAUGCCACAAGAGUUCUGGGACAAGUCCAUGAUCGAGAAGCCGACAGACGGGCGGGAGGUGGUGUGUCAUGCCUCGGCCUGGGACUUCUACAACCGCAAGGACUUCAGGAUCAAGCAGUGCACCGUGGUGAACAUGGACGACCUAAUCACAGUGCACCACGAGAUGGGCCACGUCCAGUACUUCCUGCAGUACAUGGACCAGCCCAUCUCAUUCCGCGAUGGGGCCAACCCUGGCUUCCAUGAGGCUGUUGGGGAUGUCAUGGCCUUGUCCGUCUCCACCCCCAAACACCUGCACAGCAUCAAUCUGCUGGACCAAGUCACAGAGAACGAAGAAAGUGACAUCAACUACCUGAUGAGCAUCGCCCUGGACAAAAUUGCCUUCCUGCCCUUCGGAUACCUCAUGGACCAGUGGCGCUGGAAGGUGUUUGAUGGCCGGAUCAAUGAGGAUGAGUACAACCAGCAGUGGUGGAAUCUCAGGAUGAAGUACCAGGGCUUAUGCCCACCAGUACCAAGGUCUGAAGACGACUUUGACCCCGGGGCAAAGUUUCACAUCCCUGCCAAUGUUCCCUACAUCAGGUACUUCAUCAGCUUCGUGAUCCAGUUCCAGUUCCACCAGGCGCUCUGUGCAGCAGCCGGGCACACAGGUCCCCUGCACACGUGUGACAUCUACCAGUCCAAGGAUGCUGGGAGCCUCCUGGGGGAGGCCCUGAAGUUGGGCUUCAGCAAGCCGUGGCCUGAAGCCAUGGAGAUCAUCACUGGGCAGCCCAACAUGUCAGCCGAUGCCCUGAUGAGCUACUUCGAGCCGCUCAUGACAUGGCUGGUGAAGGAGAACGAGAAGAACGGGGAGGUCUUAGGCUGGCCCGAGUACAGCUGGACUCCUUACACAGCCACUCCAGCCCCAGUCAGCUCCAGCCAAGCCAAUUUCCUGGGCAUGACCCUGGCCAGCGAUGAAGCCACAGCAGGAGGCUGGGUCCUGCUGGCCCUAGCACUUGUCUUUCUGAUCACCACCAUCUUCUUCGGCGUCAAGUUCUGCUCAACCAGGAGAAAGGCCUUCAAAUCCAGCUCAGAAAUGGAACUGAAAUAA